CCGGGCGCACUUAAGGAGCUGCAGGCCAGUGCCGGGGAGGAAGGACGGGGGAGGCCUCGGCUGCUGCUGACCCAGGCGGACCCAGCCCGGCCCCCGCUAGCUCUAGACCGCGCCAUGAGGGGCCCGAGCGUGGCUCUGUGGCUCUUCCUCGCUCUGCGCACAGCGCUCAGCAGGAUGGAGGUGCGGUGGUGCACCACCUCAGACCCGGAGCAGCAGAAAUGCCGCGACAUGAGCAGAGCCUUCCAGGAAGCCGGUAUCCAGCCGCCCAUCCUGUGUGUCCAGGGCACCUCCACUGACCACUGCGUCCGGCUCAUCGAGCAGGCCCGGGAGGCUGAUGCCAUCACCCUGGAUGGAGGAGCCAUUUAUGAGGCAGGGAAGGAGCACGGCCUGAAGCCCGUGGUGGGCGAAGUAUAUGAUCAAGAGGUCGGUACCUCCUAUUAUGCUGUCGCCGUGGUCAAGAGGGGCUCCCCCGUGACCAUCAACUCCCUGAAAGGUGUGAAGUCCUGUCACACGGGCAUCAACAGGACGGUGGGCUGGAACGUGCCGGUGGGCUACCUGGUGGAGAGCGGCCGUCUGUCCGUGAUGGGCUGCGACGUGCUCAAGGCUGUCAGCGACUAUUUUGGGGGCAGCUGCGUCCCCGGGGCAGGAGAGACCGGCUACUCCGAGUCCCUCUGUCGCCUGUGCAGGGGCGAUGCUGCUGGGGAGGGCGUGUGUGACAAGAGCCCCCUGGAGAGAUACUACGACUACAGCGGGGCCUUCCGGUGCCUGGCAGAAGGGGCAGGGGCCGUAGCCUUUGUGAAGCACAGCACGGUGCUGGAGAACACGGACGGGAAAACUCUUCCCUCCUGGGGCCAGGCGCUGCUGUCCCAGGACUUUGAGUUGUUAUGCCGGGAUGGCAGCCGGGCCGAUGUCACCGAAUGGAGGCGAUGCCACCUGGCCCGCGUGCCUGCUCACGCCGUGGUGGUCCGGGCCGACACUGACGGGGGCCUCAUGUUCCGGCUGCUCAACGAAGGCCAGCGUCUCUUCAGCCACGAGAGCGGCAGUUUCCAGAUGUUCAGCUCUGAGGCCUACGGCCAGAAGAACCUGCUCUUCAAAGACUCCACCUCCGAGCUCGUGCCCAUCGCCACGCAGACCUAUGAGGCCUGGCUGGGCCGCGAGUACCUGCAUGCCAUGAAGGGUCUCCUCUGUGAUCCCAACCGGCUACCUCACUACCUACGCUGGUGUGUGCUGUCCACUCCCGAGAUCCAGAAGUGUGGAGACAUGGCUGUGGCCUUCAGCCGGCAGAGGCUCAAGCCAGAGAUCCAGUGUGUGUCCGCUGAGUCUCCCCAGCACUGCAUGGAAUGGAUCCAGGCUGGGCAAAUCGAUGCCGUGACCCUGAAGGGCGAAGACAUCUACAUGGCAGGAAAGAAAUACGGCCUGGUCCCAGCAGCGGGGGAACACUAUGCCCCGGAGGACAAUAGCAACGCCUACUUUGUGGUGGCCGUCGUGAAGCGGAACAGCUCCUACGCCUUCACUCUGGACGAGCUUCGGGGCAAGCGCUCCUGCCACUCAGGGUUCCGCAGCCCCGCGGGCUGGGACGUCCCCGUGGGCGCCCUGGUGCAGAGGGGCUUCAUCCGGCCCAAGGACUGCGAUGUCCUCACAGCCGUGAGCGAGUUCUUCAGCGCCAGCUGCGUGCCCGUGAACAAUGCCAAGAACUACCCAUCCUCGCUGUGCGCGCUCUGUGUGGGGGACGAGCAGGGCCGAAACAAGUGUGUGGGCAACAGCCAGGAGAGGUUCUACGGCUACAGUGGCGCCUUCAGGUGCCUGGCUGAGAAUGCAGGGGACGUCGCCUUCGUCAAACACACGACUGUCUUUGAAAACACAAAUGGCCAUAAUUCUGAGCCCUGGGCUGCUGAGCUAAGGUCAGAGGACUAUGAGCUGCUGUGUCCCAAUGGGGCCCGGGCCGAGGUGUCCCAGUUCGCAGCCUGCAAUCUGGCACAGAUGCCAUCCCAUGCCGUCAUGGUCCGGCCGGACACCAACAUCUUCACCGUGUAUGGACUGCUGGACAAGGCCCAGGACCUGUUUGGAGAUGACUACAAUAAGAAUGGCUUCAAAAUGUUCGACUCCUCCAACUAUCAUGGCCAAGACCUGCUUUUCAAGGAUGCCACGAUCCGGGCGGUGCCUGUCGGGGAGAAAACCACGUACCGGGCGUGGCUGGGCCCCGAUUACGUGGCCGCUCUAGAAGGGAUGCUGUCUCAGCAGUGCUCGGGCGCAGCGGCCCCCGGGCUGUCCCUGCUGCUGCUGCCGGCGCUGCUGCUGGGCCUCCCGGCCGGCCUCCUGCAGCCCGCCCUCUGAAGCCGCCCGGGCGGGCGCGGCCCUCGCUGCCGGGGAACCUGCUCGGAAACCUCUAUGAAGAGGCUCUUCCCCUCGGCGCCGCGUGUGACGCGAGGGGAGGUGUGAGAAACCCCGGAGCUCCCGAGAGCUGCGAUUCUGACACCGAAGACAAGUUGCUGCGACUGCUUCGAACCGGAAUAAAGAUGAACGUGAAAGGAAAGGGCCCCCAGCUCGAGUGGAGUUGGACGUGAGCGGGCUCCCGCCUGAAGCCUGCCUCUGCCUCCCCGGCACCAGCUGUCCCUCAGCCACCUGAGGCGGCCGCUGGCCGGCCUCCCAGUCACGCCCCCACCCACAGGCUGGCAGCGCCCCCCUCCCCCCCCCCGCCCGCGGGGCCCCGGAUUGGAAAAGGCCCGUUCCCAAGGCAACAUGCUGAGCCCGGCUUCCCACACGGCCCUCUCUGCGGGAGCCGGCCCUGGCCCUGCCGAGCUAGCCGGGGAGGGGGGGGGCUCCUCCCCUGCGGGUCCCCCUAAUGCACAGCCCCCCACUUCCUGUCAGCCCCGGCUCUAGACUCCCUCUACCUGCCUCCCUCCUGAGGACGCGGGGUCUGUCCGGGGAGGCACCCACCAGACGAGGCCACAGUCAGGCCUGCCAAGGAGGUGAUGCUGCUGGACACAGACAGCCCUUUGUCCUUGGCUUCCGUGGCUUGGCCUGGCCCAGACCACGGGACGCCUGACUGUGCUGGGCUGGCCAGGGGAGGGAGGCGGCGGCCCAAGACCACAGGGGUGCAGCCCUCAAGGGGUCCUCAGACACAGGAGAUGCUCCUCAGUAAGCAUCCCCUCCCCUGAGUCUCCAUCUCAGAUUCUCCUCCUCCCCGCCCCCCAUGUGACCCCCAUGUGACCCCCGCCAUCCUCAGCCACCCUGCGCAUCCAGCACAGCAGUCGCCCCCAGCCUGAAGGGACUGCCCAGAGAGCUCCAGGCCGGGAGCGGGACGUGGCCCUCUGAGGAGCCACCGGCCGGGGACAGGCACCGGUGGGGAGCCCCACCGCCUCGGUGUGAGCAGGUCUCCUCACCCAGGCCCGCACCAGCGGGCGGAAGGGCCCCUCCUGCAUCCCCUGUGAGUCAGAGGGCCUUCUCUACUCCAUUUUUGCCACGGUUGUCUGGGGAGCCAGAAAAGCUUCCGGAAAUACCAGCUCUGCCUCUGAAUUUUGCUCCCCGAGAAAAGCAAAAAGAGAAGAAACAGGAGCAAGCCACCCUCUCAGCAGACUGGGAGCCGCGUGGCUCUGGAGCUAUUUGCGGCUCCAUCUGCGGGGGCCUCGGGGACGCCGAUGACAGGCUGGUUCCUGGUACUUCGCCCCCAUCCGUGGGGGCAGAUACCUUCCAGCUCCCAGGCGCGAAGGAGGCCCCUGGCAGCAUCCUGGCCACAGUCCUGCCGUCCCGAGGAGUCCCAGUCACCAUGCUGGGGGCCUACAGCCCGCCCCGAGGGGCCGGAGGGAGCGGCCUCCGCUGCCAAGCUUUGUACCCUCUUCACUGAGGGGACUGAGUGAUUCUCUGACCUGGUGAUUGUUGGAUUGUUUUGUUUUGUUUUGUUUAAGGGAGACUUGUGCAGGAGGAGUGUGUGUGUUUGGCCACCCUGGGCUAAGGUGACACCAGUAACUAUAAGCCACUGAAAGUGUGACCUGUGUAACUGCUCUGUGAUGUUGGGUUUUCAGGGGACAGCACGGGGCCACCUCUGUUCGUGCUAAUAAAAGAUGUUGGUUUGUUUUUUAAAUAAAGCCAAACAACCCUGUA